AUGCCCCGCCCUACAGCCUCUGACCCCGACGCACCCCCCAAGCUCCUCCUCACCGGUGCCAUCAACCCCUUCGCCCUGGCCGAGGCCCUGCUGCACCGCAAACUUGAUUGGUCUGCUCCCGCAACCCGUCACCGCAUACUGCCUGCGCUUCUGCAAACAGACUACGAUGAGCUGUUUGACAUGCGCUUUCGGAGUGUAUUAUACGCGGGUGUGAGGAUUAAUAACUUUGGUGGGGUAGAGAGGGUGCCUGAGGAGGAGGUUAGGAUCUUUUGUGAAGGGGACGGGGAAGAAGAGGAGGAGGAGGGAAGGGAUGACUUGAGUGGAGCGAGGAAGCUGGGCGAUUUGAAAAGGAUGAUCGGCUUAGGUGGGGAAGAAAUCGAGGAGUUGGGGGUGAAGAGGGCGGUAGUGUCGAACGGAAACUUGCAUGUGACGCUUGUAUUGUCAGGGGAAGUGGCGGGUUGGGCGGGGAGGAGGAUGAGUUGUGAGGAGAUGACUGCUGAGAUUAGGGAGCUCGCCACUCCUUACAGAAGGAACAGCCUAUAUAGACAACCAAGUGGUGAGAAGGAAGAGGAGCUAUGGACACCGCCUGGGGGGAGGUGGAUGGAUGUCAGCGCAUGGAAUCAUCGCGAUGUAACCAUGUUCACUAACCCCGUUCAGGGGGCGGCGCCGAAUAGUUGGUUUGUCGCAGCGCUGAUGAGUGUUGAUUGGGCUGAACCCGGGAAGAUCGAGAGGUGUGUGCCGAAGGGAGAAGCAUGUCAGUACAUGUACCCAGAAGACUUUAAUGACGAUAACACAGAAGGUCUUGGCGCCCUCGAAACUGAGUCAGUGGUCGGAGAAAACUAUGGCGACUACAACGAUACAAACAACCCUUGGCCUGAAGAGAAGCCAGCCUGCACGUUGGCAACAACCUUCUACUCCCAAGGAGGAGAUAAUGACGCUCCGACGGCCAAGAUCACAGUCGACUGUGUCUUGCCGACCAACAGCACAACCUCUCUGCUCGUUUACUGCCGUCCCAGCUCCCUCAAUUACGCCUAUCCUCCGACGCUUACCUCAGGCGACUGGCGUGGCGAGCUUUGGCCCGCGCUCUACGAGAAGGCUUUUGCCGUCUGGCUAUCAACCGGCAAAAAGACAGUCCCAUCCGAGUCUUCUUGCAUGAUCAACUCAUCUCCAGCGCUGUCAGCAACAACCCCCGAUUCUAACUUUGACCCUCCAGACGGCACAACCUCACCAACCUCAAGUUCCCCGGCUACCUCUGAGACAGCUGAGUCAAACACUGCAGCAUCCCUUCUCCCAGACCUAGUCCUCACCUGCCAAGGCGACCCGGUCAAGGCUCUCGCACAACUAACCUCCCGCCCUCCAAUGUACUUCCACACAUCCUGCCGAACAGCCACAGACCUGCUUGCUCUCGUCCGCUUACACUCCUCCAACCUGCGUGUCACUACCCCGAUGGUGGCAUGGACUAGGCCGACAAGCGACGAUGGCGCUUUUUGUAGGGGCGCUACGUUGGUGGGGAAUAUGGCGUAUAGUGUUUUGGGAUGGGCGACUAGGGGGUCGGCAGCGACCGUUGGGGAUGAGGAGACUGGGACUGGGCUGAGUCGGAGUGCCAGUGUUAGGAGUAUGAGCGGGAUGAGAGAGGGUGAGCUGGGCCGGUCUGUCAGUACUAGGAGUAGGAAUGGGACAGCAGGGAGUGAGUUGGAGUGUUCGGUGAGCGUUAGGAGUAUGAGGGGCGUCGUCCGAAGUGAGCUCGGUCGAACCAGAAGUGUCAGAAACAAGAUCGCGACCGCGGGAAGUGAGCUUUGCCGCUCUUCGAGUGUUCGUAACCGCGCUAGCGCCAUGAACAGGGUUUCGGAUAGCACUCUCACCCGCUCUGUUAGUGUGAGAAACAGAAGCAGCAGUGUCUCCAGUCCUCCUAUCGGUCUGGCCCGUUCUGACAGCAUCCAAAGCCAUAUUGGCGCUUUGGCCCAAGAGCACCAACUUACUCGACACCGGGCUGCCUCCGUCUCCAGCGAGGCCGACGAUCUCCCCCUCACCCGUCCACGGAGCAAAUCAAUGGGCAGUAUGACUAGCGAAAUGGUUCGCCGUCCCAGCCUGCGCAGCAGGACCAACCCUCUCUCGAACGACCCCGAUGUCAUUCCCGAGAACUCCCCUGGACAGAAAAGCCGACCUAGCACACCGACCCGAAACCAAAGCCUUAGCAUAGGCAACCCCGUAGCUGAACAGCCGGCAAAGCCAGUUCAGAAGCAGUUUAUCGUGCUUCGUCACCCAUGGGGAGUCACUCCUCCUUUGGAAGACCCUUACGCUAAGCGCUGGCCUACGAGUCCAUUUGAUGGAGAUGAGGUCGAUGGGGCAAAAAAAGAUCAAGAAGAGUGUCCUUAUGGUGUGAUUGUCGAUGUAGAUGAGGACUUUUGGCCACCAGUAGCGACAUUGGAUGAGACAAGCGUGUUUGCGGUUGAGAUUAGUGUGUUUAAGGAAUAUUUUGCAGGAUUGGGGUUGGCGAAGUGA